GUGACUGACAGUGCGGAGUGCGAAUCUGUCAAAAUAGCAAAACUGUCAAAAGUUAACUUAUAACCAGUAGAAAGUGAAGUGAAUAUCUUUUGAGGAUCAACCGACCAAAAUAAACACUGUUAUAUUAUUUACGAAACGAAGCAACGAAAAAAAUGGAUAAAAUAUUUGCAUUGCGCCUACGAACCUGCUUAUGUUCUGUGAGGAGGAAUUAUUGUACCCCGCCUCCGAGUUCAUCUGGCUCAGCUGGAUCCUCAUCAGGACCAAUGAAUAUGUCCCCGAGAUAUAAACCUACUGAAUUCCAGAAGUUUAUUUUAGUGUGGACCAAAAAGUACAAGACCAAAGAUGAGAUCCCUCAAUAUGUUUCUGCUGAAGUCAUAGACAGGUCUCGUAGUCAGGCCAGAAUUAAACUUUCGAAUGUCCUCAUGCUAAUGACAGCUCUUGCUAGUUUUGGAGCCAUAAUGGUUGGAAAAUCUGCGGCAAAGAGGGGGGAAUCUGUCCACCAAAUGAACUUAGACUGGCAUAAGAAAUAUGAAGAGGAAUACAAGGAAAAACAAGCUGCUGGCUCAGCUUCAAAGUAAAACAAUUAAUGUAAGCUUUGUAACAAAUAUAACACAAAUAUUUUGAGUAGUCAGUAGUACUUUCUUGAUCAUAUAUUGUUUUAUGUCAAUUUAAAUAAACUUAUAAACAUGUUA